CCGGAUGUUUGACUUUCCCGGGUAGCGUCCAUAGACAGUCUAUAGCAGCGUCACACAUGGAGGAAAGUGAAAGAAAGGGGAGCAAACCCGACGGUAAAGAGGCUAAAUCAACACCUGGAUCAAAAACACCGAGCGCUCAGGAGCGUGUCCAAGUCGCAGACAGUGGAGACCAUGACGAGGACGAAACUGAUGUGUGCUCGGAGAAGUUUAACCCACUUUUAGCCUUGUAUUCGCCCACUGUGAAGCUCCCUUUCCCAAAUGCAAAAUGCCUCAAUAAUAUAGCCGCGUACGAGAGCGCUCUGAAGGGCAGCAGAGCUAGAGGAGCCAAGCCUGAAAAUGUGGAGAAACGGCGGAGAAAGGCCAUGAAAGGAGUGGUGGAUCUGGAGAGGAUAGAGCGGCUGAAGAAGCUGAUGGUAAACAACCCAAUACCCGAGUCCGAGGAGGGCGCGAGCAGCGGCACCCAGCGGCGAAGGAGGGACAAACCUGUCAAAAAUGUGCUCACGAGGAUGCCACUGUGCCAGGGCAGUCCUCUGGGUGAACUCUACAGAUUUGUUCAGGAGCGAAUAAGAGUCAGAGUCCACAUCAGAACCUUCAAGGGGCUCCGAGGCAUCUGUUCCGGCUUCAUUGUGGCUUUUGACAGGUUUUGGAAUAUGGCAAUGGUGGACGUUGAUGAGACUUAUAGAGAACCUCUUCUCGGACAAGCUCUCUACCAUGAGAAAGCUCUCACUGUUACAAGGUUGUUUGAAAAGCUGAAGCUACAGGAAAAUGUGGGUGCAGAAGAAGCAACAAAUACAGAACAAAUCAAACCAGAAGACACUGAAUCUUCAACCAGCAAAGGAGACGCCCCGAUAGACUCCAGAGGUGCUGUGGAAAAGAAAGUCCCCCAGACAUACGGCAAAGUGCACACGAGACACAUCAACCAACUCUUCAUCCGCGGUGAGAAUGUCGUGCUUGUCAGCCCACAGACAUUUUGAAACUAGGCUGAAGACCUGCUAUUUGGUAAUUAUAUUGCAUCAUAAUUGGUGAGAAGCAAAUUUUUGUAUUAUAGUUUGAUAGUGGAAAAUCAAUAGCAUCAUUUUUUUUUUUUUUUUUUUAUCAGUGAACUGUAAAAACAUGGCAGAAUAUCAGUAAGUGUUAUUUCUCAGUUCUUGAGAAUCAAAUGAAGCCUAAUGUAUCAUAUUGAUAUAUUUUUUUAUUUCUCUGUCAAUCAAAGAAGUUAUUUGAUAUUAUAAAAUAAAAGCGACCACACUGUACAAAUUU